CCCCCCACACUGAUUAGCAUCGCUAACAUAGCGUCACAAUUAAAUAGUAGCAUCUAAAUAUCAUUAAAUCACAGGUCCAAGACACCUAAUGAAAGAUACAGAUCUUGUGAAUAAAGCCACCAUUUCAGAUUUUUAAAAUGUUUUACAGGGAAGACACAAUAUGUAAAUCUAUUAGCUAAACACGUUAGCAAAAAUCACAAUUUUUCUUUGUCCACCAUUUUCUCUCAACACCAGUAGCUAUCACCAAUUCGGCUAAACUAAGAUAUUGAUAGACACUAACCAAGAAAAAACCUCAUCAGAUGACAGUCUGAUAACAUAUUUAUGGUAUAGGAUAGGUUUUGUUAGAAAAAUGUGCAUAUUUCAGGUAUAAAUCAUAGUUUGCCAUUGCAGCCAGCAUCACAAAUCUCACCAAAGCUCCUAGAAUUACUACAGACAGCAACGUGUAUUACCAAUUUACUCAUCAUAAAACAUUUCUUAAAAAUACACAGCACAUAGCAAUGGAAAGACACAGAUCUUGUGAAUUCAGACAACAUUUCAGAUUUUCUAAGUGUUUUAUGGCGAAAACACAAUAAAUCGUUAUAUUAGCAUACCACAUACGCAAACGUUACCCGAGCACUGAUUCUAGCCAAAGAGAGCGAUAUCGUAUCAUCGCCAAAAUAUAUAAAUUUUUUCACUAACCUUCUCAGAAUUCUUCAGAUGACACUCCUGUAACAUCAUAUUACAACAUACAUAUACAGUUUGUUCGAAAAUGUGCAUAUUUAGCCAUAAAAAAACGUUGUUAUACAAUGAAAAUAGUAGCAAAACAAGCCUGGAAAUGUCGGUCGCCAUCUUUGAGUGAUCUAGUUUAAUCAAUAGCUAAUCAUAUACUUGACUAAAAAAUACAGGGUUGACAGGAAUCGAAAGACAAAUUAUUUCUUAAUGCAAUCGCUGAUUUACAUUUUUUUAAUUAUCCUUACUUUUCAAUACAGGUUGCGCCAAGCGAAGCUAUACAAAACAAAAUGGCGGCGUAAGCGUUUAACAUUUUUCGACAAACACGAUUUAUCAUCAUAAAUUGUUCUUACUGUGAGCUGUUCUUCCAUCAGAAUCUUGGGCAAAGAAUCCUUUCUUGGGUCUAAUCUUCUUUUGGUCGAAAGAUGUCCACUUGUCCGUCGAAAUGCCCACUAACGUACGACCGGGACCCCGAAAUUGUCCCAGCGCUUCAAAGUGCACAACAAAGCAAUGCCUCAAUCGCACUAAAAGGAUAUAAAUUGCUAUACAACGGUUCAAAUUAACUACCUUAUGAUGCUGUUAACACCUAUAACGGGUAAAAACAUGACCGGAGAAAUAUUACUGGCUAAACUAACGCUUGGAAGGAGGCGAGUCCGAUGUCCUUCGCGCGCAAGGCGCAGGCAGCAAAGGGAAGCUACUUCCGCUAUUUGGUGUCUUAUAGAGAAACUGAUUGCGCAAUCGACACCAUUCAAAGCGUCAUCACGCACUGACAUCCAGGGGAAGACGUAAGCAGUGUUUGUUUCUCCAUAGCAUUUACAGGGAGCUUUAAACUGACUCCAGAUCGGUGGCCAAAAUGUUUGAAAUCUGACUCCCUAUCAUGAAAAGUGCUGUAGAUUGAGUUCUGUUUCACUCAGAGACAAAAUUCCAACGGCUAUAGAAACUAGAGAGUGUUUUCUAUCCAAUAUUAGUAAUAAUAUGCAUAUUGUACGAGCAAGAAUUGAGUAGGAAGCCGUUUAAUCUGUAAUGCAAAUUAUGCUAAUGAGAAAACAGCACCCCCUAUAGUCGCAAGAAGUUAAACAAACGCAAAUGCAGCUACUUUGCUGUUAUUCUGGCUGCACUGUUUGAAGUGACUAAGUUAGUUGUAGUUGGCUAGCUAGCAAGCAAGGGAUAAGAAUGUUGCCAGCCAGUAUGGCAAUGGAACAUUUAGAAUGAACCGCGUCCAUAGAUACAGAACAAAAGGACUGAACAACUGGGUUGCGUCUCUCGCAACCAAACCAAUAGAACAAACAACCAGCCGGCUUGGGUAGCAACCCUAGAUUUGUGUCAGGUCUAUAUCUUGUGGAAGGAUGAAAUAGUAUGAAUAAAUUCAUCAAAAUGUUUUUAAUAAAAUAUUUAAAUAUGUUGGUAUCCCAUAAUAUAAGUGAUAAUGCCCUCGAAGCUGGUGUUUGGAGGAUAUAUUGGCACGGUUUGAGGGCCCAAGACGAACAACACCCGUGCCAAUAUAUCCUCCAAACGCCGCUUCGAGGGCAAAAUCACUUAAAUAUGUGCAGUGUCCCUCAGGGCAGUUGCCUUGAGCCGUUACUCUUCUCUAUGUUGGUUUGCCACUGGUCUUAAACGACGCUAGAAUGACUAUGUAUGUGGAUGUGUCCACACUGUACGUCAACACUCAAAGCCAGUGAACUCACUGAAAUUCUAAAUAAGGACUUAGUCAGUAUCAGAAUGGGUGAUUUAAUAAUAAACUGGUUUUAAAUACAGUACAUCAAACAUUUUAAGCGUUGUAUUUGGUUCAAAACAUUAUCUCAGACCUAAACCUCAACUGGAAUUGUGCAUAGAAAAUCUUUACCUGUGUGUGUAGGCUUCCUCCCCCUCCCUCCGACGCAUGCACAGUCUACUGUAGCUACUGACGCUACAGGCGUGAUUCAGAAAUUAGGGAGAGAUUUUUUUAUUAGACAAGAAUGGAUUCACUUUUUCAAUGCUAGUUUAGGAUAGCUAUCACGUUUCACAUUGGAUUUAUUAACUACAAAAAUGUAUGACGUGUUUUUAUUUUUAAUUCUGUUGCCGCUCUGCACACUCAAGCUUGUUCGCUAGCUGCAUUAUGUGUAAUGUAAUGGAACUUAGAAUUAUAGGUCGACCGAUUUAUCUUUUUUUCAACGCCGAUACCGAUUAUUGGAGGACCAACAAAAGGCGAUACCGAUUAAUCGGCCAAUUUUUAUUUAAUUUAUUUAUUUGUAAUAAUGACAAUUACAAAAAUACUGAAUGAACACUUAUUUUAACUUACUAUAAUACAUCAAUAAAAUCAAUUUAGCCUCAAAUAAAUAAUGAAACAUGUUCAAUUUGGUUUAAAUAAUGCGAAAACAAAGUGUUGGAUAAGAAAGUAAAAGUGCAACAUGUGCCAUGUAAGAAAGCUAACGUUUAAGUUCCUUGCUCAGAACAUGAGAACAUAUGAAAGCUGGUGGUUCCUUUUAACAUGAGUCUUCAAUUUUCCCAGAUAAGAAGUUUUAGGUUGUAGUUAUUAUAGGAAUUAUAGGACUAUUUCUCUCUAUGAUUUUCUAUUUCAUAUACCUUUGACUAUUGGAUGUUCUUAUAGGCACUUUAGUAUUGCCAGUGUAACAGUAUAGCUUCCAUCCCUCUCCUCACCCGCUACAUGGGCUCGAUCCAGGAACACAUCGACAACAGCCAUCCUCGAAGCAGCGUUACCCAUGCAGAGCAAGGGGAACAACUACUCCAAGUCUCAGAACGAGUGACGUUUGAAACGCUAUUAGCGCGCACCCCGCUAACUAGCUAGCCAUUUCACAUCGGUUACAUCAGCCUAAUCUCGGGAGUUGAUAGGCUUGAAUUCAUAAACAGCAGAGCUGCUGGCAAAACACACAAAACUGCUGGUGCCCACCAUCGCUCAGUCAGACUGCUCUAUCAAAUCAUAGACUUUAUUAUAACAUAAUAACACACAGAAAUACGAGCCUUAGGUCAUUAAUAUGGUCGAAUCCGGAAACUAUCAUCUCGAAAACAAAACAUUUAUUCUUUCAGUGAAAUACGGGACUGUUCCGUAUUUUAUCAAACAGGUGGCAUCCAUCAGUCUAAAUAUUUCUGUUACAUUGCACAACCUUCAAUGUUAUGUGAUAAUUAUGUAAAAUUCUGGCAAAUUAGUUCGCAAUGAGCCAGGCGGCCCAAACUGUUGCAUAUACCCUGACUCUGCAUGCAAUGAACGCAAGAGAAGUGACACAAUUUCACCUGGUUAAUAUUGCCUGCUAAACUGGAUUUCUUUUAGCUAAAUAUGCAGGUUUAAAAAAUAUAUACUUCUGUGUAUUGAUUUUAAGAAAGGCAUUGAUGUUUAUGGUUAGGUACACGUUGGAGCAACGAUAGUCCAUUUUCGCGAAUGCACACUGCAUCGAUUAUAUGCAACGCAGGACACGUUAGAUAAACUAGUAAUAUCAUCAACCAUGUGUAGUUAUAACUAGUGAUUAUGAUUGAUUGUUUUUUAUAAGAUAAGUUUAAUGCUAGCUAGCAACUUACCUUGGCUUCUUACUGCAUUCGCGUAACAGGCGGGCUCCUCGUGAGGCAGGUGGUUAGAGUGUAGGACUAGUUAACCGUAAGGUUGCAAGAUUGAAUCCCUAAGCUGACACGGUAAAAAUCUGCCGUUCUGCCCCUGAACAAGGCAGUUAACCCACCAUUCCUAGGCCGUCAUUGAAAAUAAGAAUGUGUUCUUAAGUGACUUUCCUAGUUAAAUAAAGGUGUAAAAAAAAAAAAAUAGUGCAAAAUCCGCAUCCAAAAUUACCGAUUUCCGAUUGUUAUGAAAACUUGAAUCGGCCCUAAUUAAUCGGCCAUUCCGAUUAAUCGGUCGACCUCUACUUAGAAUCAUGAUCAAUGGCUAGCACUGGUCCAACGUCAGUUCAGCAAAUCUCUGAAGUUCAAAAACAUUCAAAGUUCCUUCAUAGAAGCCACUCCUCCAUAGGCAUAAUUCUGUGGGCCUAAUUUUGAUAAUUAAUGUCAUAACAACAUGUACAGCGCUCUCCACACCUGCAAAAUUUCAGUCGCAUGUCGGCAUGUCGCACCCUACACUGCACUUGUCUGUCCAAUGCAUGUACAUAGCUUUGCCCCCUUCAUAGCAAGCUGUACAAUCCAUUGGUGAAGUAAUUUAUUGUUGUGCUAAAUAAAAUAAAAUUUCAGAGGUUUGUUUAAAAAGGACAAGAAAGGAACUUAAUAACUGUUACUUUUUUGUUAGAACCGAUUCAGAACUUUAUUUUGCUGGUCAGAACAAUUGAACAGAACCCCCAAAAAUAUGAUUCUAUUCAGAACUAAACAAUGGGGAAAUAAUCUUGGUUCCAACUUCUGGAACUGAUAUCAACAACAGGCAUACCAUUUUUUUCCUGGUUGAGGGUUUUUAUGAGAAAUAUUACUGUGAUGAAAAUUCCAGAUUGUCUGCAUAAUCAAAUAACAUUCAGCUCAGACACCCAUACAUUCCCCACAAGACAUGUCACCAGGCGUCUCUUCACAGUCCCCGAGUCCAAGACGAAUUCACGGCAUCGCACAUUAUUAUACAGAGCCAUGAUUGUGUGGAACUCCCAUCUCCAAUUACUCAAGCAAACAGCAAAAUUACCUUUUAAAAAAACGGAUUAAACAACAUCUCAUGGAAUGGCGGGGACUGUGAGGGGACAAACACAGAGUGGAGUAUGCUCUAACACACCAUUUUUUUGUCGUAUUGUUUGUAUAUCGUUGCGUUUUAAAUGUGUGACUGUCCUUGUAUAUCAGUGCUUUCUUACUUGUCUUGUUUUUGUGUGGACGCCAGGAAGAGUAGCUGCUGCUUCUGCAAAUGGUAAUAGGGAUCCAAAUAAAGCAUAAAAGUCAUGUAGGGCCAUAUAGCACCCGUUAGAGUUUAGGACAGGUGCGUCGUGUAUUCAUGUUGAAUGUUCUCAUAAGCCCACUCACUGUUGUAGAUAAAAUAAACUGCUGAGUAGUUCUGAGCUAGCAUUCGGACGGCCCAGGUCUAGCCUAUGCCUUGCAGGCAGGGAGUGUCUCACUCCUCAACUCCCUUUCUAGGUUUUCAAGCUGAUUCUUGUACUUAAAUAUCUUUUAAUUUACAGACGAGAGACUUAGUGCUAUUUUGCACUGUGAAUGUGAGAUUAUAUUCUGGCUAUUAGUUUAUAGGUAUGCCAUAGUGCAGUCAUUUGAACCCCAACAUUUAGCCUAGAGAAUUUUGCAGCGCUUUCAUGCGUCCUCAACUCCUUCUGUAUGUUAUGGAGGGAUAGGGUCCUCAAACUGAUUUAAAAGCCUACGGUACUCUUUGAUGGCUGUUACUAAAGACAGGAGAUGUUUUAUUAAACUUAUAGUCAACUGUACAUUUUCUCAAGAAUCUUGCUCCAAGAUCUGCUAAAGGGGUCUGAAUAACCAAUGUCAGUAGUAGGCCAACUGUAGUGAGAGAGCAGUCCCAGGCCACAGCAGGCUGCAUCUUAAACCCUGUGUUUAUUCAGUGCUCUGAGAGCCUGGUCUGGUGGGGCAGCAGAGUGGAGUACAGUGAAGGGGUGGUUUUGUGUCUGCACCAUCUGGGCUCCAGUCACAUCCUGUGACUCCGCUCUGAACCAGCUGCACUCAGCCUCAGGUAGGCUAUAGCUCCAGGCUGCUACAACUAAUGGGCAGACUGGGAGGGAGCCUCAGGGUUAGUCAUUGUGCUAUUAGACGUUUAAAGAAGACUGUAGUAAGGCACUAAACCAUAAUUGCUCCAGGGUCGCCGUUGAUAAUGGCAGUCCCUGCCACUCUCCGAGAGGGUGUCUCUGAGGGAGUUGGGAGGAAUUUUUUUGUUAAAUAGUUUUAAAAAGAUAUCUGGAUUCCUAUAUGAUAGGAUUAAAUGUACAGGAAUAGAACAGACAAAUCAUUGACUUGACUGGGGAUAGGCAAAAUCCAGAACUUUUUAUAAUUUUUUUUAAUAAAAUGUUUUGUUUUGGAGAUUUCUGCCAACAUUUUGUCUGGAAUUUGGGUUCUCACGGCAACACUUUUUAGUUUAUGUAAUUUGUUUUGUGGAGCAGUCAAGUCGGCAGAAAAUCGUAUUUGAUUUCUAACUCUGAACUACUCCUCACUUUCUCUUUUUCUAUCAGCACCUCUAUCUCUGUCUCUUUCCCACAUACACACUCAGCAUGUAAGUGGCUUUACAUUAAGCUAAUGAUGAUACAGGGACACCAGCUGCUUUUCCUCUUUUGCUGGCUCUAAAUGGGGCAGGUCAGUGUGGACAGGUGUGAGGGGCUUGCAGUGGCCCCAGAGUGAUUGGUAAUGAACUAACUGUUGCAGAACGUGGUGAUCUAUAUCAGAGCCUGGAAACAUGUACUUGAGAUGGACUUCGGGGUUAUGUUUAGGAUUUAGAUACAGGGCUGUCCUGGCAUGGAGGCCAAGGAACAGAUUGGCUCAGAAAGUAGUUUCAGGGUGCAGUGCCUGUGUCUACUGAGCUGUGAUAGGUGCUCUUCUGUGCCCUUCACAGAUCAGGGUUUUACAUGUAAUUCGGAAAGUAUUAAGACCCCUUGACUUUUUCCACAUUUUGUUAAGUUACAGCCUUAUUCUAAAAUGUAUUAUUUUGUUCUUCCUCAUUAAUCUACAUACACUACCCCAUAAUAACAAAGCGAAAACAUGUUUUUAGAAAUGUUGCCAAAUUUAUUAUAAAUAAAGAGCAGCAGAAAUACCUUAUUUCCGUAAGUAUUCAGACCCUUUGCUAUGAGACUCAAAAUUGAGCUCAGGUGCAUCCUGUUUCCAUUGAUCAUCCUUGAGAUGUUUCUACAACUUGAUUGGAGUCCACCUGUGGUAAAUUCAAUUGAUUGGACAUGAUUUGGAAACGCACACAUCUGUCUAUAUUAGAGGUCGACCGAUUGUUUUUUCAAAGCCGAUACCGAUUAUUGGAGGACCAAAAAAAGCAGAUGCCGAUUUUUGUAAUAAUGACAAUUAUAACAAUACUGAAUGAACACUUUUAUUUUAACAUAAUACAUAAAUAAAAUAAAUUUAGUCUCAAAUAAAUAAUGAAACGUUCAUUUUGGUUUAAAUAAUGCAAAAACACAGUGUUGGAGAAGUGAAAGUGCAAUAUGUGCCAUGUAAAAAAGCUAACGUUUAAGUUCCUUGCUUAGAACAUGAGAACAUAUGAAAGCUGGUGGUUCAUUUUAACAUGAGUCUUCAAUAUUCCCAGUUUAGGUUGUAGUUAUUAUAGGACUAUUUCUCUCUACCAUUUGUAUUUCAUAUACCUUUGACUAUUGGAUGUUCUUAUAGACACUUUAGUAUUGCCAGCCUAAUCUCGGGAGUUGAUAGGCUUGAAGUCAUAAACAGCGCUGUGCUUGAAGCAUUGCGAAGAGCUGCUGGCAAACGCAGUAAAGUGCUGUUUGAAUGAAUGCUUACGAGACUGCUGCUGCUCAGUCAGACUGCUAUAUCAAAUGAUAGACUUAAUUAUAAUAUAAUAAACACACAAAUACGAGCCUUAGGUCAUUAAUACGGUCAAAUCCGGAAACUAGAAUUUCAAAAACAAAACGUUUAUUCUUUCGGUCAAAUACGGAACCGUUCCGUAUUUUAUAGAGUGGGUGACAUCCCUAAGUCUAAAUAUUGCUUUUACUUUGCACAACCUUCAAUGUUAUGUCAUAAUUAUGUAAAAUUCGGGCAAAUUAAUUACGGUCUUUCUUAGGAAGAAAUAAUCUUCACACAGUUCGCAACGAGCCAGGCGGCCCAAACUGCUGCAUAUACUCUGACUCUGCUUGCACAUAAACGCAAGAGAAGUGACACAAUUUCCCUAGUUAAUAUUGCCUGCUAACAUUAAUUUCUUAACUAAAUAUCCAGGUUUAAAAAUAUAUACUUGUGUAUUGAUUUUAAGAAAGGCAUUGAUGUUUAUGGUUAGGUACACAUUGGUGCAACGACAGUGCUUUUUUUCGCGAAUGCGCUUGUUAAAUCACCCUUUUGGCGAAGUAGGCUGUGAUUCAAUGAUAAAUUAACAGGCACCGCAUCAAUUAUAUGCCACGCAGUACAAGCUAGAAAAACUAGUAAUAUCAACCAUGUGUAGUUAACUAGUGAUUAUGUUAAGAUUGAUUGUUUUUUAUAAGAUAAAUCUAAUGCUAGCUAGCACCUUACCAUGGCUCCUUGCUGCACUCGCAUAACAGGUAGUCAGCCUGCCACGCAGUCUCCUCGUGGAGUGCAAUGUAAUCAGCCAUAAUCGGUGUCCAAAAAUGCCGAUUUACCGAUUUGUUAUGAAAACUUGAAAUGGGCCCUAACUAAUCGGCCGUUCCGCUUAAUCGGUCAACCUCUACUUAGGAUGAAAGACGAGUUUCCCACUAGUAAUUACCAGUUGGAGGGCCGUACAAGUGGAUUUUUCCCAGUUGUAUGUGGUAAAUUGCCACUUGGUUAUGAACUCACCAUGACACUGCCUCCUUCAUUGACAGAUGCGCACCUGUGACUCUCAUAAAGGGGGCAUGUCUGUAGUAUGGUACAUUUCCCACUCCGUGCUGUGAUGAGCACAACACAGGGUGCAUUGGCCAAUUAAUUGAAAGCUUUGGCUUGCUUGUAUAGAGCGGGUACUAUGUGUUUGCUGAAAUGAGUGCAAGAGGUAAGUUCGUAACGUUGCUCGAGCACUUUCACAAGGUGCUGAAAUCCUCUUUUCUCAACCACCGAGAAUGGGUGCAUAUCCUUGGCUAUAAAAAAUAGCCUACCUACCACUCUUGUAAUUUCUUUGGCCUGGUCAGAAUCAGCUGCCAAGGGCUGCUUGAAUGCAGAAGGGAGACGAUGUUGUUUCCAUCUUGCUACGAAAUACUGGGGUGAUGUCGGUGUAAAUGUGUCAACAUUUGAGGUGUUGGCAACUGCAUAGGCUUUUCUCAUUGAGCGUGGUGACAUACUGUUAACGUUUUAUCCACAACUCUGUUCAUCGCCAUUGUAAUCUAUACAGAACAAAAAUAUAAACGUAACAUGUAAAGUGCUGGUCCCAUGUUUCAUGAGGUUAAAUUUAAACAUACCAGAAAUGUUCCAUAUGCACAAAAAGCUUAUUUCUUUCAAAUGUUGCACAAAUUAGUUUACAUCCCUUUUAGUGAGCAUUUCUCCUUUGCCAAUAUAAUCCAUCCACCUGACAGGUGUGGAAUAUCAAGAAGCUGAUUUAAACCGCAUGAUCACUACACAGGUGCACCUUCAGCUGGGGACAAUAAAAGGACACUCUAAAUGUGCUGUUUUGUCACACAACACAAUGCCACAGAUGUCUCAAGUUUUGAGGAAGUGUGCAAUUGGCAUGCUGACUGCAGGAAUGUCCACCAGAGCUGUUGCCAGAACAUUUAAUGUAAAUGUUUCUACCAUAAGCCGCUUCCAACGUCACUUUAGAGAAUUUGGCAGUACGUCCAACGGGCCUCACUACCACAGACCACGUGUAAUGUUCCUUAAUGUCAUAGUUAGACUUUCAAGUAGAUUAAAGUAAUAACUAUGGCAAGACCUGAAAAUGGUUGUCUAGCAACGAUCAACAACUAAUUUGACAAAGCUUGAAGAAUUUUGAAAAGAAUAAUGGGCCAAUGUUGCACAAUCCAGGUGAGGAAAGCUUUGAGACUUACCCAGAAAGACUCACAGCUGUAAUCACUGCCAAAUGUGCUUCUACAAAGUAAUAACUCAGCGGUGUGAACACUUAUGUGAAUGAGAUAUUUCUGUAUUUAAUUUAAUACAUUUUGCCAUUAUGGGGUAUUGUGUGUAGAUGGGUGAAAGAGAAAGUAAUGUAAUUCAUUUUGAAUUCAGGCUGUAACACAACAAAAUGUGGAAUAAGUCAAGUUGUAUGAAUACCUUUUGAAGGCACUGUAUAUUUAGUGUUAGCGGUCUAACUAAUGUGUUUUUAAGAUUCCACUUAGGUGGUGAAUUAGCCUCAAAAAAAAUCCCUGUGAUAUUAGUGCACAUACAAAUGCAGGCAAAUUCCUGUCUAUUGAAUCAAAAUAAAUCAGAAAAUUCCAGAGCCCUAUUUUAACAGUGAAAUAUAACAAUAGCAUAAUUGUCAAUCCACAAUGCAUGACAAUCACUGGAUUAGGUUGCACAUUAAAAUAUUUUGAUUCACAACAUGAAAAGAUGAUGAAACAACUUAUUUCUGGAAUACAAUGUCCAUAGUCUAUUACAGGUAUUCCCAAACUGGGGUACGCGCAAUGCCGUCGGGAGUACGCCAAAUCAAAAUGUAUAUAUUUUACAUGUGAAUUUUUUUCACAUUUUCAAACAGUCCAUUUAUAUUUUCCAACGGGGCUAUACAUUUGGGUGAGAUUUUUUUCUCGCCUGAUAUGAUAUGAUGAACUACAUUUGAUUUGGGGUUCACUUAUAUUGGGAGUAGUGCCUUUCCUCAGCACAGAGUCCUUUGCACAUAUAACACAAUCUCACAACUCAAUAAAAACCUUCACUCUUAUGCAGACAUUUAGAAACAAAACAUACCAUUUAGAAAAAUAAGCCACAGGAGUUUUUUGAGAGAAUUAAGACGACUUUCGAAUAGUAAGACAUGUAUAAAAGUAACAGAUACCAUUAAUAAGAAGGGGCUAGAAGCACCUUAUCUGGUGAGCUACUGAGUGGCUUGGACAGGCAAGCCCCAUACUAUUGUGGAGGACUUAAAUCUUCCUGCUGCCGCGGAUAUGGCUGGGACAAUGCUGGGGGGAAAAGGCCAAAACUAUACAGACAAUGCCUUCAUCAAACAACACUGUUUCACGACGCAGGAGAUGUUUUGAAACAAUUACUGCUUCGCAUACAAGCCAGUGAAUUCUAUGUGUUACAGCUGGAUGAGUCAACAGAUGUGUCAGGCCUGGCACAGCUCCUUGUAUAUGUCCGUUUAUGUUCAUGGGGGGGUCAGUUAAUUUCUCUAGGAUAGGGGGCAGCAUUUUCACGUUUGGAUAAAAAGCAUACCCAAAUUCAGCUGCCAGCUACUCAUCCCCAGAAGAUAAUAUAUGCAUAUUGUUAGUAGAUUUGGAUAGAAAACACUCUGAUGUUUCUAAAACUGUUUGAAUCAUGUCAGUGAGUAUAACAGAACUUAUUUAGCAGGCGAAACCCCGAGGACAAACCAUAAAGAACUUUUUUUUUUUUUUGGUCACUCUCUUUUCAAUGGAUUUUCAUUGGGAAUACAGAUUUCUAAUUGACCUUCUUGCAGUUCCUACCGCUUCCACUGGAUGUCAACCGUCUUUAGAAAUUAGUUGAGUGUUUUUCCUUUGUGUAAUGAAGAAGUACGGCCAUUUUGAAUCAGUGUCACUUGUUGUGUACUGUUAGAGGCGCGUGACCAGAAAGCAUGCUACAAAUUGUUUUAGUCCUGUAUUGAACACAGAUCAUCCCGUCUUCAAUUUUAUCGAUUAUUUACGUUACAAAAUACCUGAAGUUGUAUUACAAAAGUAAUUUGAAAUGUUUUGGCAAAGUUUACAGGUAACUUUUGAGAUAUUUUGUAGUCAUGUUUCACGGGUUGGAACCGGUGUUUUUCUGGAUCAAACAUUCCAAAUAAAUUGACAUUUUGGAUAUAUAGCGAUGGAAUUAAUCUAACAAAAGGACCAUUUGUGAUGUUUAUGGGACAUAUUGGAGUGCCAACAACAGAAGCUCGUCAAAGGUAAGGAAUGAAUUAUAUUUUUAUUUCUGCAUUUUGUGUCGCGCUUGCAGGGUUGAAAUAUGCUUAUCUCUCUUUGUUUGCAAUGGUGCUAACUCAGAUAAUAGCAUCGUUUCCUUUCUCCGAAAAGCCUAUUUGAAUUCUGACAUGUUGGCUGGAUUCACAACCAGUGUGGCUUUAAUUUGGUAUCUUUCAUGUGUGAUUUAAUGAAAGCUAGAUUUUUAUAGUAAUUUAUUUGAAUAUGGCGCUCUGCAUUUUCUCUGGCUUUUGGCCAAUUGAGACAGUAGCGUCCCGCCUAAACUCAGAUUUUUGGAUAUAAAUAUGAACUUUACCGAACAAAACAUACAUUUAUUGUGUAACAUGAAGUCCUAUGAGUGUCAUCUGAUGAAGAUCAUCAAAGGUUAGUGAUUAAUUUUAUCUCUAUUUCUGCUUUUUGUUACUCCUCUCUUUGGCUGGAAAAAUUGCUGGGUUUUUCUGUGGCUAUGUACUGACCUAACAUAAUCGUUUGGUGUGCUUUCGCCGAAAAUCCUGAAAUCAGACAUGUUGGCUGGAUUCACAACAAGUGUAGCUUUAAUUUGGUGUUUUGUUUUUCAUGAAAGUUGGAUGUUUAUAGUAAUUUAUUUGAAUUUGGCGCUCUUCAUUUUUACUGGCUUUUGGCCAAGUGGGACGUUAGCGUCCCACAUAUCCCAGAGAAGUUAAAGAAGACGUCUUCUUCUGCAAACCACUGGAAACCAGGACAACUGGAGAGGAUAUUUUUAAAGUACUGCACAGCUUUGUGACAUCAAAUGGACUUUGGUGGUCAAGAUGUGUUGGUAUCUGUACUGAUGGCGCAAAAGCCAUGACAGGGAGACAUAGUGGAGUGGUAACGCGCGUGCAAGCAGUGUCUCCCGACGCCACUUGGGUACACUGCAGCAUCCACCGAGAGGCUCUUGCUGCCAAGGGAAUGACCUGACAGCUUGAAAGACGUUUUGGACACUACAGUGAAAAUGGUUAACUUUGUUAAUGCAAGACCCCUGAACUCUCGUGUAUUUUCCACAGUAUGCAAUGAUAUUGGCAGCGACCAUGUAACGCUUUUACGGCAUACAGAAGUGCGCUGUAUGUUUUUUUGAAUUGAGAGACAAGCUUAAAGUUUUCUUUACUGACCAUCAUUUUCACUUGCCUGACCACUUGCAUGAUGAGUUUCUCACACGACUGGCAUAUCUGGGUGAUGUUUUUUCUUGCUUAAAUGAUCUGAAUCUAGGAUUACAGGGACUCUCCGCAACUAUAUUCAAUGUACGGGAUAAAAUUGAGGCUAUGGUUAAGAAGUUGGAGCUCUUCUCUGUCUGCAUUAACAAGGACAACACACAGGUUUUUCCAUCAUUGUAUGAUUUUUUUUUUGUGUGCAAAUGAACUCAAGCUUACAGACAAUGUCCAAUGUGAUCUAGCGAAGCACCUGAGUGAGUUGGGUGCGCAAUUAAGCAGUUACUUUCCCUAAACGGAUGACACAAACAACUGGAUUCGUUAUCCCUUUCAUGCCCUGCCUCCAGUCCACUUACCGAUAUCUGAACAAGAGAGCCUCAUCGAAAUUGCAACAAGCGGUUCUGUGAAAAUGGAAUUUAAUCAGAAGACACUGACAGAUUUCUGGUUUGGGCUGCCCUCAGAGUAUCCUGCCUUGGCAAAUCGCACUGUUAAGACACUAAUUCCCUUUGCAACCAUGUACCUAUGUGAGAAUGGAUUCUCGGCCCUCACUAGCAUGAACUAAAUACAAGCACAGGCUGUGUGUGGAAAAUGAUUUAAGUGUGAGACUCUCCAAUACAACUCAAUAUUGCAGAGUUAUGUGCAUCCUUUCAAGCACACCCUUCUCAUUAACCUGUAGUGAGUUAUUCCCAAUUUUCGAUGAACAAAUAAGGUUUUAUAUGUAAGAUUGUUAAAUAAAGAGCAAAAUUAUUUAUUUAUUUUAUUAUUUGUGCCCUGGUCCUAUAAGAGCUAUUUGUCACUUGCCACAAGCAGGGUUGUGACAAAUUCACACUCAUUCUUAUGUUUAUUAAACAUAUCGUAUAGUGUGGUUGUGUGUGUGUGGCAGGCUUACAAUGAUGGCAAAAAACAACAUUUGAGAGUGUUGACCCUGGUGCUCGAUGGGGUAGGCAGCUGGAGGUUGAAUGUUUGAAGGGGUACGGGACUAUAAAACAGUUUGGGAACCACUGGUCUAUCAAUAAAAUUACUUUAUAAGGUGAUACCCAAUUUCAUAUUGCGUGAUGCUGUGGAAAACAAUUGUUGGCACCAAAUAAUGGGCUGGCGCAAUCAACUUAAAUCUUUAGUGGCACCAGUGCCACCAGGGGGAAAUGUUAGUCUGGAGCCCUGCAAUGUCUGUUUAGUUUACACAUUCAUUACAGCUUAAAAACGAAGUGUGUGUGUGUAAUGUAUGACAGAAACAUAGGGCAUAUCACUGAGCUCAGUCUGCAUCUGGGAAGAUGUGGCUGUCACCUUAGGGCUCACUGCCACAUGAUUCAUCAUAACUGUCAGCUUCACCCCCCCCACCUACCCGCUGCCGUGUGUGUGUGUUGCCCACACUCCGUUACCCUGCUGCUCCCAGUCUACUUACUCUGAUGCCUAAGGUGACCCCCUCUCCACUGCGGUGUGUCAGAGCCGCUGCUGAGCUGAGCCGUGCUGUCUGCCUGGAGGCAAGGGUCUGUGCGGGGGAGGAGACACAGUACAGGAGCCUCUCAUACAGUGGAUCUCCGCUCUCUGGAGAUGCUUCUGCUGUGGAUUAUUUUAGAACAUAUGAAAAAUAGAAGGGGAAAAAAUCAGAACCUCAGCUUGCAAUCCAGACACAGAGUGCGUUCGGAAAAUAUUCAGACCUAUUGACUUUUUCCACAUUUUGUGUCUGUCUUAUUCUAAAAUUAUUUAUUUUUUCUUCAAUCUUCACACUAUACCCCAUAAUGACAGCAAAAACAGACCAUUUACUCAGCUGGCAAGUGUGUUUACGGACAUAUUCAACCAAUCCCUAUCCCAGUCUGCUGUUCCCACUUGCUUCAAGAGGGCCAGCAUUGUUCCUGUUCCCAAGAAAGCUAAGGUAACUGAGCUAAACAUCUAUCGCCCCGUAGCACUCACUUCCGUCAUCAUGAAGCGCUUUGAGAGACUAGUCAAGGAUCAUAUCACCUCCACCCUAUCUGACACCCUAGACCCACUCCAAUUUGCUUACCGCCCCAAUAGGUCCACAGAUGACGCAAUCACACUGCACACUGCCCUAACCCAUCUGGACAAGAGGAAUACCUAUGUAAGAAUGCUGUUCAUCGAUUACAGCUCAGCAUUUAACACUAUAGUACCCUCCAAACUGGGUCUCGACCCCGCCCUGUGCAACUGGGUCCUGGACUUUCUGAUGGGCCGCCACCAGUUAAUGAAGGAAGGACACAACAUCUCCACCCCACUGAUCCUCAACACUUGGGCCCCACAACGAUGCGUUCUCAGCCCUCUCCAGUACUCCUUGUUCACCCAUGACUGCGUGGCCAUGCACGUCUCCAACUCAAUCAUCAAGUUUGCAGAUGACACAACAGUGGUAGGCUUGAUUACCAACAAAGACGAGACGGCCUACAGGGAGGAUGUGAGGGUGUGGUGUCAGGAAAAUAACCUCCCACUCAACGUCAACAAAACAAAGGAGAUGAUCGUGGACUUCAGGAAACAGCAGAGGGAUCACCCCCCUAUCCACAUCAACGGGACAGUAGUGGAGGUGGAAAGUUUUAAGUUCCUUGGUGGACAAACUGAAAUGGUCCACCCACACAGACAGCGUGGUGAAGAAGGCGCAACAGCGCCUCUUCAACCUCAGAAAUUUGGCUUGUCACCAAAAACACUCACAAACUUUUACAGAUGCACAAUCGAGAGCAUCCUGUUGGGCUGUAUUACCUCCUGGUACGGCAAUUGCUCCACCCACAACCGUAAGGCUCUCCAGAGGGUAGUGAGUUCUGCACAAUGCAUAACCGGGGGCAAACUACCUGCUCUCCAGGACACCUACACCACCCGGUGUCACAGGAAAGCCAAAAAGAUCAUCAAGGACAACAACCACCCGAGCCACUACUUGUUCACCCUGCUACUUGUUCACAUCUAGAAAGCAGGGUCAGUAGAGGUGCCUCAAAACUGGGGCCCAGAGACAGAAGUUGUUUUUCAAUCUCAAGGCCAUCAGACUGUUAAAAAGCCAUCACUAACAUUGAGCGGCUGCUGCCAACAUACUGACUCAAAUCUCUAGCCACUUUAGUAAAUUAAAAUUGGAUGUAAUAAAUAUCACUAGUCACUUUAAACAAUACCGCUUUAUAUAAUGUUUACCUACCCUACAUUACUCAUCUCAUAUGUAUAUACUGUACUCUAUACCAUCUACUGCAUCUUGCCUAUGCUGUUCGGCCAUCGCUCAUCCAUUUAUGUUCAAGUACAUAUUCUUAUUCAUUCCUUUACACUUGUACUACUUAAGUACUUUACACCACUGCUCAGUACUUUGUUGAAGCACAUUUGGCAGCGAUUACAUCCUUGAGUCUUGGGUAUGACGCUACAACUUGGCACACCUGUAUUUGGAGAGUUUUUCCCAUUCUUCUCUGCAGAGCCUCUCAAGCUGUCAGGUCGGAUGGGGAGCGUCGCUGCACAGCUUUUUUCAGGUCUCUCCAGAGAUGUUAGAUCAGGUUCAAGUCCAGGCUUUUGCUGGGCCACUCAAGGACAUUCAGAGACUUGUCCCUAAGCCACUCUUGUGUUGUCUUGGCUGUGUGCUUAGGGUCGUUGUCCUUUUGGAAGGUGAACCGUCGCCCGAGUCUGCGGUCCUGAGCGCUCCGGAGCAGGUUUUCAUCAAGGAUGUCUCUGUACUUUGCUCUGUUCAUCUUUCCCUUUUUUUGAAUCCCCACAGCAUGAUGCUACCACCGCCAUGCUUCAAAGUUCAAAAGAGUUCUUGGUUUCAUCAGACCAGAGCAUCUUUUUUCUCAUGGUCUGAGAGUCCUUUAGGUGACUUUUGGGUAAAUCCAAGUGGACUGUCAUGUGCAUAUUACUGAGGAGUGGCUUACGUCUGGCAACUCCAAAAAGGCCUGAUUGGUGGAGUUCUGCAGAGAUGGUUGUCCUCGUGGAAGGUUCUCUCAUCUCCACAUAGGAAUUCUGGAGCUCUGUCAGAGUGACCAUCGGGUUCUUUGUCACCUCCCUGACCAAGGCCCUUCUGCCCCGAUUGCUCAGUGUGGCCAGGAUGAGUCUCUAGGAUGAGUCUUGAUGGUUCCAAACUUCCUCCAUUUAUGAAUGAUGGAGGCCACUGUGUUCUUCGGGACCUUCAAUGCUGCAGACAUUUUUUGAUACCCUUCCUCAGAUCUGUGCCUCGACACAAUCUUUUCUCUGAGCUCUACGGACAAUUUGUUCGACCUCAUUGCUUGGUUUUUACUCUGACAUGCAGUCAACUGUGGGACUGUUUUAUAUAGACAGAUGUGUGCCUUUCCAAAUCAUGUUCAAUCAAUUGAAUCUACCACAGGUGGACUCCAUUGAAGUUUUAGAAACAUCUCAAGGAUGAUCAAUGGAAAUAGGAUGCACCUGAGCUCAAUUUUGAGUCUCAUGCGGUCUGAUUACUUAUGUAAUUAAGGUAUUUCUGUUUUUUGUCUAUAAAACAGUCUUCGCUUUGUCAUUAUGCGGUAUAUUGUGUGUAGAUUAAGGGGGGGGGGGGGGAUUAUUUAAUCAAUUUUAAAAUAAGGCUGUAACGUAACAAUGUGGGCAAGGGGUCUGAAUAUUUUUUGAAUGUGCUGUAUAUGAAAAAUCAUGAUUUCUUUCCUAUUCAACAAAAGUGGGGGAUUGGUGCUUGAAAUUAUUUGAAUGCUGUAUAAAUAUAGUAACAAUCAAAUUAUAAACAACUUACUAUAAUAUUUCACUUUAACUGUUAAAUAAAUAUGAUCAUACUUGGUGAAAGUACAAAAUUGGUACCAGUUCAUAUCAUUGAUAACAAUGUUCUGCCCAGCAUUCUCUGAGCGACGUGGAGACACCAUUCAAAUGCCUGCUAUCUCGUUAAAACUAUCUUCAAGCAUGAAGUGAUUUCGUUCCUCUGUGACCAAAAGAGUGGUACUGUUUAAAUUCGAUGCAAUUAUUUAGUAUUUUUUUCAAGGGCUGUCAAAUGAUAAAAAUAACUAAUGCCAUUAACACGAUUAAUUAAUCACAAUUUUUUGAAUUUGCUCAUUUGGCCAGUUUAACACUUGUGCACAGCAGUGGUGGUCGGUGCCAUUUAAGAUGCGGGAUGUUUUUUAAAUUUUAUUUUUAUGAGCAUAGCCUUAUUUCUAUUACGACAUACUGGAUGACUGUCAUUCAUAUUCCAGUCACCCAGCUCAAUGUAACAUUGAUAGGUUUAGGCUACUUCUUGACACUCAAAUUCUCUCUGUACCCAUCAUGAGGUUGCUACAACCUAGACUGUGAAAUAGCCUAUGAACGUUUACAACAGAGAAUUUUGAGUAAUCAAAGUGACAUUGAGUGACACAUUCAGUACCACCUUGCACACUCUUGGCUGCAUCUAUCUGAUAUAGGGAGUAAUCAUUAGUCCAACAGUUGCAAAUGUGAAUUUCUAUUGGACAAAUUCUGGUAUUUUUAUCUCCGUUCGAUUUGCUUCCAUUUUAAGAAAAGUUUUUAUACAGUAUCGAUGGAAUGAAUACACCCCUGGUCACACGCAAAUACAGUUCACUUUCAGCUGUCUGUGACCAGGUGAAAAACCCCUUUCCAAGCCAAACCUUCAUAUCAUGACUGCUGUAACCGCCACACACAACCUACAUUGUUGUCACAUCAUGGUAUGAAAGAUGGCUGCCGUUUUAUUGGCUCUUAAUAACCUCUCUAGGAUAGGUGGGACGGUAGCGUCCCACUUGGCCAAAAUCCAGAAAAAGUGUAGCGCACCAAAUUCAAAUAUAUUACUAUAAAAAUCAAUCUUUCAUGAAAUCACACAUGAAAGACACCAACUUAAAGCUACACAUGUUGUGAAUCCAGCCAACAUGUCUGGUUUCAAAAAGGAUUUACGGGGAAAGCACACCAAACAAUUAUGUUAGCUCAGUACAUAGCCAUGGGGUGGGCAAACUUUUUGACUCGCGGGCCACAAUGGGUUCUAAAAUUUGACAGAGGGGCCGGGCCAGGAGCAUUUGGAGGGAGUGUUUGGGCCGGAUAUACUAAAGCAUUAAAUGUAGUGUGUGCAAACCUCAUAGCACAGUAAGAACACUACAACCCAAUUUAUUAACUGUCUUUCAAAUGUGAAAAAUAGCCCUUAUCAGUUAAUAAAUUUGUCUCAAGGAAUUUGCAAGAUAUGGCAUUUACAUACUAUUUCGCAGAUACCGGGAUGAGGAAAUGUAAAUAGAUUAAAAUAACAUACGCACUGUGAUUUAUCAAGAUUGCGUCUGUUUUUAAUAAGUUUCAGUCGAAGGUGCAAAGUUAAAGAAAUCAACAUUUAUUGAAAAAUGGAAUCACUUUCAACAUUCAAAACAUAUUAUUACACAACGAAAUACUCAAGCUCAAUAAUAUCUACUUGUGUUAAACUCCGCAAAAUCAUGGAUGGAUUGUCCUGACCGCGCGCUCUACAAACUCGCCACGGACGCCCUCGCCUUCACGCGCAAACAGUACACGUGUAUCGUUGCCAAGCACACAGACAUAGGCUGUAUUAAAUAUCCUACCUGCAGCUGAAAAUUUAAAUUUAAAUUAAGAGCGAUGUGCGGCGUGUUAAUAAAGCUACUGUACCGCUGCUGUGCGUAAAUGCGCAUUGCUCUUAAUUAAAAGACGCACUUCCAAACUUUCCAUAUGCAUUUUUUCAUAACACAGCAGAAAAACUCACCAUUUCAGUGGGAACAGUGUUGUUGGUCUCCCUUUUUUGCCAGUGCAUCAAAGUCUGGAGUUAGUUUUGUUGUGGCAAUUCUCAGGACAGAUCUGAGGUGUUGGUCAGUUAACUUGGAUCUGUGAUGGGCUUUGUUGAUUUUCAUGACGCUAAACGUCUGCUCACACACGUAGGUCGAGCCAAACAACACCAGCAUCUUCUGCGCCGUCCUCCGGAGGUUUGGAAACGCGGUCUCGUUAAGUGAAGCGUAAAAGUCAUUCAGUUUAAGAGACUUGAACUUCUCCUUUGAGACGGAGUCAAACUGAAGAUCGAUCAGUUCCAAUUGCAGCUCCUGCGGUGCUGAUUCGGGGUCUUGUGACAGGGGACAGAACACCAGUUGAAGUGACUUGUCAAUUUUUUAAAAAUCACAGAACCGACGGCAAAAUUCUCUGUGCAGAUCGUCCAGUGAUUUGCAGUAUUUCUUCGCAUUUCGGGCGGCCUCUUUCUGCACGGCUAGUGUGGGGAAAUGUGCGAAAGAUUUGUUUUGACAUUUGCCUGGAGAAUAAAACCAGCUUGGAUUUGAAGGCUCUCACAUUUGUGUACAUGUCGUGCGCAAACUGAUCUUUCCCCUGUAGCUUCACGUUCAGCUCAUUCAUGUGUGAAAAUAUGUCCACAGCAAACGCAAAGUCACAAAGCCAGUUUGUGUCGCUCAGCUCGGGGAAUUCUUCGGAUUUCCCCAUUAAAUUAAAAAAUGAGCGAAUCUCGUCUUUGAGCUCCCAGACUCGUUGAAACACUUUCCCCAAACUUAACCAGCGGACGCGAGAGUGGUAAAGUAGGUCCUGGUGAUCCGCAUUAGUUUCUUCCAGGAACGUAAUGAACUGACGAUGAUUAAGUCCCCUUGCUCGUAUGAAGUUAACAAGUUUUACAACUGGAUCCACGACGUGAUUAAGCUGCAAUACAGACUUACACAGAGACUCCUGAUGAAUGAUGCAGUGAAGUAAAAUAACAUCCUGGUCAGGGUUUUCUUCUUUCACUUUAUCCUGGAUUCUUUUCAGCAGCCCGAUGUUUUUUCCAGUUAAAUUUGGCGAUCCAUCCGUGGUGACAUUGGCAAGUUUACUCCAAGGUAGCUUCAUUCUCUCGAUGACAGCAGACACCUGUUCAUAUAAGUCCUCUCCUCGCGUUUUCCCUUUCAGUGAUUCCAUGCUCAAAAGCUCCUCCGUUAUCUCAAAACUGUCGUUAAUCCCUCGGAUAAAAAUUAGGAGCUGAGCAGUGUCUUUUAUGUCGUUACUUUCAUCCAGUGCUAGUGAAUAUAACUUAAAGGACUCCGCCUUUUUGUUUAACUCGCUGACUAUAUCUUCGUCAAUCAGUUCCACGCGGCGAGUCACUGUCCUGCGUGCUAAACUGAUUUUUUCAAACUUGGCUUUGCUCUCCGGACACAAGAGACCUGCUGUCUCUACCAUGCACUCUUUCAAAAACUCGCCUUCGGAGAAAGGCUUGCUAGCCUUUGCUAAUUUGAAUGCCAGCAAAUAACUUGCCUUGGUACUUGACUCUUGAAUUGCAGUUUGUCGGUGAAAAAAGUUCUGUUGACUCUGUAAAUUAGCUGCCAACCUCUGAGCAGUAGCCGCCCGUUCUUGUGUUGACUGCUUGCUAGCAUAGUUUGCAUGCUUCGUGGCAAAGUGACGGCUGAUAUUGUACUCUUUGAAAACCGCAACAGCUUCUUGGCAUAUCAGACAUACAGCCGUUGAUCGGACUUCAGUGAAGAAGUAUUUUGUUGUCCACUCCUUAGUAAACACUCGGCAUUCGCUGUCCACUUUCCUUCUUUUUGGUCCGCUCAUUGUCACAGAAGGGCUUAACCUGUCUAGGAUCAGCGUGGCGCUAGCGGC